UUUUUCUUUAAAGUUAUUUUGUUUAUUUUUAACCUAUUCACCAGGAACGAUCCUCGGCUUUUCAAAGAUGACGUAGAUAUCCGAUUUAGUCGAACUCUGAAUUCGUGUAAAGUACCUCAGAUACGCUAUGCUAGCCCAGAAAGACUUUUCGAAAGACUCACCGACCUUCGUUUCCUGAGCAUCGACUUUUUGAACACUUUUCUACUAACCUACAGGGUGUUUACUGACGCUGUCACUGUACUCAAGGCGCUGAAGAAGGUCCAUUACAAUCCAGAGCUCCAGAUGAACACAUCUCUUCAAGACUCGACAGGGUCUCUAGAAGCUAUACCUGGCAGGUCUCUAGAAGCUAUACCAACCGAACUUGGUGGGAUGUACGUUAACUACGAAUACUCAAGACGUAUCAGCACUGAAAGCGGAGCUUCUGAUCUUAGUGAACCGAGAGACAGAGAACAGAGCCUUUCAACUUCGGAUGCUUUAUUAAAUAUUUAUCAAACUCAACCACUUCAGGCUUUUCGAAACCAGCAGCACUGGCGUCUUAGCCAUAGGAAAUUUGAAGAGGAGCAGAAAGAACAAAGUUUGAAAAGAAUUCGCGAUACUCCAACGAUAUCUCCUGGAAUUGAGCCUUUGACGAUCCCAGUUUUUCAGCCGUCUACUCCGGAUUUUCUAGCUCAAGCAGUACAGUGUGAUGUAGACAAUGGAUCAGAAGAGUCGGAGGACGAAAAGGAGGUUGAAAAUUCCCUCUUAGCCAUUCCGUGUUCGUCCGUCCAGUCCUCCCAUUCCUGUGAUACCCUCACGCCUGAUGGCACUGAGACCAAUGGCCCCAACACUCCUACAAACCUAAGUAGUACCACGAGCACAGCCACUCUAGUCGGGAGUGCUUGGAGUAGUGAGUCUCCAAGAACUAGCCCUAUAAGGUCUGUAGGUAAACGAAGUAGUUGUGAGACAGAAAGUGGCAGUCCUUCAACAACUCCACGGAGCAGCUUUCAGACGGACUCUACUAUACUCUCGACACCGAGGACCAGCUUUCAGACGGACUCUACUAUUCUCUCGACACCGAGAAGCAGUUUCCAGACAGAAUCUACUAUACUCUCGACACCGAGAAGCAGCUUUCAGUAUCCCGACUCGCCUCAACACAGCAGUAAAGCUGGUGUGGUGGUUACCUCGUCGCGGGCUUCAACUCGCAGAUCCAGUAAGUCUUCGGCAGCAGCGGCCUUCGCGGCGGCCACGGCUGGUUCCAGCAACCCUCCAGAACCUUUGUCUCAGUCCCAGUCCCGAGCUGGUAGUAACCUUCCAAGUGCAGUUGGAGCCGACCUAAAAAUCCCAAACGCUAAAAUGAAGCGGGAAUCCAUGAUUAGCACGGCUGCUACCAUGAGAGUCCUGAAUGUCCUUCGACACUGGGUCUCCAAACAUUCUCAGGAUUUUGAAAACGAUCCCAAGCUCCUACACUUGACAACAGAGUUUCUGGAGGAGCUGACUCACAACACAAACCUCCUGCCUGCCGAACACAAGGCAGCAGCACAUAUUUUACAGAUGAUCACGAAACAAGAUCAACACGUUGCAGCAAAGCUUGAUUUAGAUGUUCUUUUAGCGCCACCUACGACUCCGAGUAAAGAAACCGUUGAAGAAUUAUCAGCGCUGGAACUAGCUGAAGAAAUGACCUAUUUAGAUCAUCAGAUCUUUGUUUCCAUUAGAAGCGAGGAAUUUCUCGGCCAGGCGUGGAUGAAAGCUGAUAAGACAUUUAAGGCUCCUAACAUCAUACUGAUGACUAGAAGAUUUAAUCAUAUGAAUCGUUUGGUUGUGUCGGAAAUUAUGGGAGCUCCCGAGAUGUCAAGAAGGGUGUGUAUCAUUGAGAAAUGGGCCACUGUGGCUGAUAUUUGCCGGUGUCUCCACAAUUUUAACGGUGUACUUCAGAUAAUUUCAGCUUUUAUGAACAGCUCCGUUUUUCGGCUAAAGAAAACGUGGGAAAAAGUAUCUAAAACGAGCAAGCAGACAAUAGACAAGUUACAAAUACUAGUGGCUGCAGACGGGAGAUUUCGGAAUAUGAGAGAUGCUCUCCACAGGUGUGAUCCUCCUUGUAUCCCUUACUUAGGCCUUUAUCUCACCGAUCUUACUUUUAUUGAGGAAGGUACACCGAAUUUUACUGAAGAAGGCCUACUUAACUUUUCCAAAAUGAGAAUGAUUGCUCAUGUGAUCCGGGAAAUUCGUCACUUCCAACAAACACCUUACAAAAUUGAAACGAAUCCGAAGGUCACCGAUUAUCUUCUUAAUGAUAAACGUUUAAUGCAAGAUGAUGAGCUGUACCAACUGUCCCUCUGCUUAGAACCACGCCUCAGUUCCAAGAUUGUUCACCCACCUAGUACAUCGGCCUUUGGCAGUCCCCGAAGUUGAAGCUUCGUCGAAGUUUUUUGUUCCUUCUGAAUUAAAGUUGGCCCCAACUGUGUGGUAUGCAUUGAACUGGAGAGAAAAGUCUGAGUUUCUGUGGUGCUGCAUGGCGUCGAUCACCGAGAAACCUCCAGGUUCUCAAUGAACUUAUGAAUCGUUUUUUUUUUCAAAAGUUACAUAGGGGGAUCAAUAAAUAUUUAUGGAUUGUUUUCCGAAAGCUACAAAGGGGAUCGAUAUCUUUAUGGAUCAUUUUCCAAAAGUUACAAAAGGGGAUCAAUAUCUUUAUGGAUCGUUUUCCGAAAGCUACAAGGGGGAUCGAUAUAUUUAUGGAUCGUUUUCCAAAAGCUGAAAAGGGGGGGAUCGACAUCUUUAUGGAUCGUUUUCCAAAAACUAAAUAGGGGGAUCGAUAUCUUUAUGGGUCAUUUUCCAAAAUUUACAAAAGGGGAACGAUAUCUUUUUGGAAAUUUUUUCAGGGGUGUUCUGUGAAUGUGCCAAAUGUAAAAAACAAAACAAUAUUUAUAUGUAGUACAGUUUAUGUUUUAACUUUUCACAAAAUUCUUGUUCACACGUACACUUUAUGAGUAAAAACUUAGUGAUGUAUUAUAUUUACAAAAUCAUAGUUAUAUGGUUAACCGGAUCAAAAUCAAAAAUGGCACUAUAGUAAACUAAAUUAAAUAAAAGUGAAAUGUGAUUAACAUGUAAUGUUGAGGCACCAAUAAUUAUUUACUUUACGAUAUGUCAAAACUGUUUGUAAUUUAUAAAAAAGACCACAAGUCCUCACUUGA